GCAGCGGCGGCGGCGGUGGUGAGAAGAGCUCGUCCCCGUCGGUGCUGAACGCGAUCGAGCAGCUGAUCGAGAAGAGCUUCGACACGCGCUCCCGUCACUCGAGCUACGGCCAGGGUGGAGGUGGCCCGGGGGGCCAAGCGGGCCCCGGAAGUCAGGGGGCCACCACACCGCUCGGGUCCAGCAUCCUGAAGCGGCUCGGGAUCGACGAGAGCGUCGAUUACACGAAACCGCUGGUCGAUCCUCAGACGAUGAACCUGCUCCGCUCCUACCACCACCACCAACAGCAGCAGCAACAACAGCAGAACUUCCAGCACCAGUAUGGGGGAGGAGGACGGCGGGAGCGGAGUGGAAGCGAGUCGAGCUCGAUCUCGGAACGGGGCAGCAGCCGGCUGGACUCGCUGACGCCGGAGAAGAAAUUUGACACGCCGAGCCACUCAACCCCUCGGGGAACCCCCGAGAAGCCGUUCCUGGAUGGGGAGGAUCAGGGGGUGGGGGUGAAGCGGGAGCUCCACAGUGAUGACGAGAGCGCGACACGCGAAGACCCGGAACCGAAGCCGAUCGCUGCCGCCGCCGGGAAGAUCCGCAUCAAGAAGGAGCUCCAGGAGAUGCAGGACCUGGGGGCGGCCGACGAAGACCAGGAGAUGCGGCCCCCCAGCAAGCAUCACCACCGGGAGCUGCUGCACCACGAGGAGCACCACCACCACCACCCACAGCACCAGCACCCCCAGUCAAGUCCCGCGCCGAGUCCCCGGCUCUCGACGGCCAGCGUCCCACUGAGUCCUGCCGCCAGCCCGCUUAGCGAUCACCAUUCCAUUGCGUCCCGCUCGACACCCGGCGCCGACGGCAGCGGCCCUUCGUCGACGGCCAAGAAAUCCACUCCGGCCUCGUCCGUCAGCAGCAGCCUCGGGGCGCUCUCGUCCAUGUUCGAUAGCCUCACCGGGUCCGGCGGCGGUGGUGCCGGAAACGGAGGUGCGGAAGGUGCCGGAAGUGGUGGUGGUGGCGGCGCUGGCGGCAAGAAGUCCAGUGCCCACCCGUUGGCGGCGCUCCAGAAACUUUGUGAUAAAACCGAAACCCCCGGUGGAGGACGUGGCGGGGGGGCGGGGUCCAGCUCCGCGCUGCUGGCGGCCACCGCCGGAAAUGCUGCCGGCGGGGCCGGCAACCCAUCGUCCACCUCUUCCCGUACGGCUCCGGGCGCCAUCUUGGCGUUCAGUUGGGCCUGCAACGAAGGGUCGGCGGCCAGCGAGGAAGGUGGCAGCGGCGGAGGUGGUGGUGGCUCGGGGACACUCAAGUGUGCGUAUUGCGAUACGACGUUCAGCUCGAAGGGCGCCUACCGGCAUCACCUGUCGAAGGCUCACUUCGUCAACGAUGACGUCAUUCCGGAUCCGAAGAACUCGAUGGCGGCGGCCAGCGGCGGAGCCCAGGCACUGCUGAAGACGCGCGGCUCACCGUCGGGAGGUGAAUCGCCCCGAUCGGGGGGUUCCAAUGCACCACUGGCCCUGGUCACUUCCGGCGGCGGCGGAUCUUCUUCGUCGGGUGGGGCCGGAUCCGGGCGGGACAGCGUGGAACGGCGGGGCGAACCGGCCAAGAGUCCGCCGGCGGCGGCCCAAUCACCGGCGGGCACCUUCCAGGACGAGAGCCCCCACUCGAAGUUCCUCAAGUACACCGAGCUGGCCAAGCAGCUGUCCUCCAAGUACGUCUGA